AUGGCAUCACCGCUUGAUCCUGCUCACCCCCAUCGCCGGGGGACGCCCAAGAGACUGAUUGUCUGCUGUGAUGGAACAUGGAUGAACUCGCUGGGAAAAAAAGGGUAUGCCACGCACGAACCACCCUCAAAUGUGACCCGCAUCUCGCGUGUUCUCUGCCGCACCUGCAGUGAUGGCAGGCCCCAGAUUAUCAACUACUUCGCCGGUGUAGGUACAGCUAACGGCCUGGACCAGUUCACCGGCGGAGCGUUCGGCAUGGGGCUGGACGCAGACAUCCGAGAGGUGUACAACUUCUUGUGCACCAACUACGUCGACGGGGACGACAUCAUCCUGAUUGGCUUCAGCAGAGGAGCGUUUACUGCCCGUAGCGUCGCUGAUAUGGUCGCGAGCGUGGGACUGUUGACGCCGGAAGGGCUGGACAAAUUUUUUGCCAUCUUUGAUGAUUACGAAAACAUGGGCUCGUCGUCCAGAGACACGGACGACUUUCUGAUUGACGGGCUGGAGGAGUACAAGGGACAGCAUGGGCAGAAGAAGAUUGAGUGGGAGGAGAGGAGGAAGGAGACGUACAAGCGGGGUUUGAGGGAGAAGAAGCUCACGCGGGAUACGUUCCAUGCUGGAGCUGGAGAGAUUGGCGAGGAGAUCAAAAUCAAGGCUCUUGCGGUUUGGGACACGGUGGGAACACUUGGGAUCCCGCCUGCUCCAGUGAUCGGUGUUCGAGGAAGCGCUGAUCAAUGGAGGUUCACCAACACGCAAAUCUCGGCCAAGGUCGAGAACGCCUUUCAGGCUUUGGCUCUUGAUGAGCCGAGAUAUGCUUUCAGGCCUGCCCUCUGGGAAAGGGUACCUGGAAGUACAACAAACCUGAAGCAGGUAUGGUUUCCUGGUAACCAUGGGAAUGUCGGUGGUGGUUGGUGGGACCAACAGAUAUCAGACAUCACACUGGCCUGGAUGUGUGAUCAACUCUCGACAUUGGGACUGGAGUUCAAUCACCCACGCAUGACCAAUAUGUUUUUGGAAUCACUGCGCUUCUCCGCUGCUCACCCCUUCCCUUUCUCGCCGCAAUCAAAGACUUCGUCGAUUGGGUCAGUGGCCAAGUCCAUCAUCCCCAGAUCCAUGAGCAAGCUCCUUCGCGGAGGAAGGAACUCCUCGUCAAACGGGACCACCAACGGGAAUGGCACCGCCAAUGGAAGUGCGAGCUUGGCUCCAGGAAGCCCCAAGCCUUGGGGCCACGCUGCCGUCUUUCGACACCCCUUCUCAGCCCCCAAACGAGAUCCUCACGAGUGUGAUGGAAAGCAUGACCACCCCGAUGGCCCCUUGCCCCAGUUGUGGCAGUUUGCUCGGCCUUGGGGCCUGGGUUUGAUCAGAAGUCCUACCAGUGUAGUGACCACUGUGGCCGGCAAGACCGUUCGGCGUCCUGGCCUGUUUAUGCGGGUUGAUGAAGACACAAACGAAGAUACCAGCGAGCCUUUGCUUGGUACGAGCGAGAGGAUACACGCUUGUGUCAGGAUCCGGUUGGCCUGUGGAGGGUUGGGGUUAGAUGACAAAGAUGUCUGGACCUGCGAUUCCCUCCUCAAAUCUGAAACAGUUGAGGAGGGUGACAAGAGGAGAAAAGGAGGCCCGUUGUGGAAGUUGGAAAGGGGUAGCGCGCUGAGUAGCGGCGAAGAAGAAUUCGUCAAGGCCUGGAGAAUCCGGCCGAGAGAACUGACGCUUGGCACUGACGAGUAUCCUGAGCGAUGUAUGUAUCCUGUCGGAGAGUUUGAUCAUCACUGGAAGUGGGUUUAUCAAAGAAAGGUGGUGGGGGAAGGCCAGGCUAGGGUGCCACAGGAGGUUGCUUUGCCUGAAGAGCCGCUGGUGGGAUAUUGGGAGAGAUAUCUGCUUGCGCUUUUGGUCGGGGAGGCAGAUGUGUGGCGGUUUGCUCAGCAGGGGAUUCUUAAUGGGAAGUAG